CUUUUUCUCUCUUCAUCUCCUUAUCCUCUUAAUCUCCUUAUCUCUUCUCUCUCUCAAUCUCUUAUAACCCUGAACAUGGAGAUCAACAACAACAAUAACAACAACAGCAACAACAAGAAGCUUAUAUGGGACUGUGGAAGCUCCCUCUACGACUCCUUCGAGCUCGACUCCUUCAAGCGCCGCCUCGACUCCGCCAUCGCCUCCCGCUCCCUCUCCAUGCCGCACCACGUGAUCUCCGCAGCACCGCCGCCGCGUCCCCCCGCCUCCCCGAAGACGCAUCGCCUCCUCAAGCUCCCCAAAUUGCUCCACCGAGCACUCCGCAGGGUGCUCGGCGUGCGCACGGGGCGCGUCGACGGCGAGCCAUCGUCGGUCCGGCCCUACGACCGCACGCUUUUCGACGAAGGCGUGCGGCUCGCGUCAAUACCGGAGGCCUCCGAGAAGGGAUCGCCCGAGCUGCUGAGCAGUUCCGCCGCGAGACGGACCUUGUCGGAGCAGUUCGCGACCUUGGAGAUGGUGCUGUAAUGGCGAUUAAAUGAAACGUUCCGUCCAUGCAUGAUAUGAGGGGUUAAUUUGGCGAAUAUGGUGACGGUUUACGUACGUGCGUGCAUGGUGGGGUUGGUUUAAUUAAUAAUCACAAGCGAGAGGUGCGGGAAGUGUUUUGAGAACUGAAUUGGGUUGCGUCGCAACAAGACGGUGCUGGUUUAUGUGGGGAGGCAUUAAAUGG